UGCUACGCACCAUUACAAGCCUCUGCCGACUAAAACAUGAAGCAAUUCAAGAAGAGGCAUAGAUAGAAUCACCUUGUGGUCAACUGGCAUUAUAUAGACAUCUGACAGAUUAUGUCAAGGUUUUAAAAUGAAUUAUUACCUGGUCAUGUUAUAACACAGCUGGAAGUCAUGGAUUUUCUGAUAAAGACUAGUUAGCCUCUUUGACAGACGAAGUAGCAGAACCUAUGUUAGGUGCGCUCGUGCUGCAUUUUUGUUUUUUUCAAACAGGGGACACCCACCAACCAAUCAGAGAAGCACUUCCUACACCCGCAGGAAGUGGCUGGUAGAGAGCAGCGCACCAAUCAUGGAACACUCCUCCACCUAGCUGAAUCCUUGUUGCCUAGCGACUGUCCUGGCUGUCACUCAACCUCCUGAAGGCCGGAAAAGCCCCAAAAAAAGUUUUGCGGUGGUGUCAGUUUGCACACUCAUUCUACUGCUCCUUCUCAGGGAACUGUCGAAAUAUAACUGAAGAGUUAGAAAAGUCGAAAAUAAACGAAAGCCCUUAAAUCUACUCCCACACACAUGAUAUUAUGAUACUACUAUAAUCCUCUGUCUGUAUGUUAUGAUGACAUACAUAGGCUCCGUAGAGGUCUGGGUCGUCACAGACACGGCAUACUCGUUCACUCAGGCAGACACUACCACCGUUUUCACGACAACAGCGAGGCGUCACAGGAAUAGAAACGCGAAUCAGUUGUGGUUGCCCAGGUGAUGACGUGGGGAUUCUACUCCACCGGUGUUACUACGGAGAUGAUGAAGACCCGAAACUAUGACUAUGAUAACCAUGAUACAGGCAGUAUUGCUGACCUCAGACACAAAUAGAGGCUGACACCUGUCCGUGUGAGCGUGAAAUUUAUCUUGUGCGCUUUGUCACAAAGUAACGGGGAAGUGGGCGUGACGUCAUGGCACCCUGCCCCGGUCCUGCUCCGAGGGGGGGCGGUGCAGCAGGCUGUAGCUCUACACAAGUUUUCCAAGACCUCGAAAAAAGUAGCUGCUAGAUCGGGCCGGUCCUCCAAGAAGGGACAAAGUGAGCAGCGAACGAGAGCGAACCGACUUCUCGUUAGUUUGCAGCCGAACUCAUGGUCGUGAUGGUUUUUAAAUCACCCGCAGACCCGGAACACUUCAGCCCGGUUUAAGUAACGGUAAACCACGGAAUCCAGUUUGGUUUCUAAUUACUCCACCAGAUUGGAUUCGGUUUGUGGAGACACCGGCUCCUAGCUGUGAUUGACGGGGCGGUCUCGUGUCGAACCCGGGAUCGGGACGGACCGGGACCCGGUGACCCAGGAUGAGGAUGCCCCGCGGGGGACGCAUGGUCCUGGGCACAUGCCUCGGUUCGCUGGUCGCCCUUGUCCUCUACCUCCAGACCGUCACCAAGCCAGAUGUGGAGCCCAUCACCAGCACCACCUCCACCUCCAACCACCCCCCCCUCGGGAGGAGCGGGAGAAACCCCCUGCGGUCCCUCUACAACGGAGAUCAGGACUCUGACCAAUCGUAUGCCCAGUCGAGGCUACGGGGCCGCCGCGAGCUGCUGGAGGAGGCGUGUCUUAGCCAGACCAGGAAGAGGCGAGUCCUGUCCCCGGACGACCUCCGACACCUCAUCGUGGACGACAAGCAUGGCCUCAUCUACUGCUACGUGCCCAAGGUGGCGUGCACCAACUGGAAGCGUGUGCUGAUGGUGCUGACGGGCGACGGCCGCUACUCGGACCCGCUGGCCAUCCCGGCCCACGAGGCCCACGUGGCGGGCAACCUGCGCACGCUGUCCGAGUUCCCGGCCGCCGAGAUCAACCGCCGGCUGCGCUCCUACCUCAAGUUCGUGUUCGUGCGGGAGCCCUUCGAGCGGCUGGUGUCGGCCUACCGCAACAAGUUCACGCGCAGCUACAACGAGGCCUUCCACAAGCGCUACGGCACCAAGAUCAUCCGCCGGCACCGGCCCGGCGCGCGGCCCGGCGCGGUGGAGGCCGGCGCCGACGUCUCCUUCCGGGAGUUCAUCCAGUACCUGGUGGACCCCCGCACGCAGCGCGAGGAGCCCCUGAACGAGCACUGGGAGCGGGUGCACUCGCUGUGCCACCCCUGCCUCAUCCACUACGACGUGGUGGGCAAGUACGAGACGCUGGAGCCCGACUCCCAGGCCGUCCUGGGGCUGGCGGGCGUCCAGGGCAGCGUGCGGUUCCCCUCCUCGGGGAAGAGCGCCCGCACCGACCGGGACAUGGCGGCCCGCUUCUUCCAGGACGUCAGCCCCUUCCUGCAGAAGAAGCUGGUCAACAUGUACCGCAUGGACUUCCUGCUGUUCAACUACUCCAUGCCGCGGUACCUCCGCACGCCCUGAGGAACACCGGGGAGGAUCAGGGGAACCCGGCACUUUGUUCACGUCUCUCGGGCGUUCCUCCCGCCCGUACUCGCUGUAAAGGAGGUUAAAGACUGAGGCCCUCUGGUUGGGUUCCUUGGCGAGGGGAAUCCAUUUUGUGCCGACUUGACGGACUGACGGACAGAGGAAGGGACAGGCUUUGGUUCUGUUGCUUCGCCCGCUCGAAAAAGAAAUGGAAGAAGCGCUUUUUGAAUCCAGGCUCGCCAGUCUCCCGAAACAGGAAGGGAAGUGAAAUGAGGAGCGAGUCGGAACACAGAAGGGCCUCUAUCCGGGCCCCCGGGGGACGACAAGGAAAUAGUUCACUGUGUUUGCAGCUCAGCUCAAAACGCCAAUGGGUGGAAUUGCUGCGUUGGAAUAGAUUCAAAUGCCCUUUCUAGGACUGCCUGGGACAGUUCAGGUGUCUGAGUUUUUGAAGGUGGUAUUGUUUUAGUUUGAGGAUUUUAAGGUGGCAUUUUAUAGAUGGAGGCUGUUAAGGUGGUAUUGUUUUAGUUUGAGUCUGUUAAGAUGGCAUUUUAUAGAUGGAGACUGUUAAGGUGGUAUUGUUUUAGUUUGAGGCUUUUAAGGUGGUAUUGUUUAGGUUGAGGCUGUUACGGUGGUAUUGUUUUAGUUUGAGGCUGUUAAGGUGGUCUUUUUAGUUGAGGCUGUUAUGUAUUCUUAAGUUUGAGGCACUAAAGGUGGUAUUGUUUUAGUUUGAGGCUGUUAAGGUGGUAUUUUUAUAGUUUAAGGCUGUUAGGUGGUAUUGUUAUGUUUGAGGAUGUUAAGGUGGUAUUGUUUAGCUUGAGGCUGUAAAGGUGGUAUUGUUUAGUUUGAGGCUGUUCAUGUGGUAUUGUUUAAUUGAGGCUGUUAAGGGGGUAUUGCUUAGUUUUGGGCUGUAAAGGGGGUAUUGUUUAGUUUCGGGCUGUAAAGGUGGUAUUGUUUGGUUUGGGGCUGUUAAGGUGGUAUUGUUUGGUUUGGGGCUGUUAAGGUGGUAUUGUUUAGUUUGGGGCUGUUAAGGUGGUAUGGUUUGGUUUGGGGCUGUUAAGGUGGUAUUGUUAAUGUGGUAUUGUUUUUUUGGAGACUGUUAAGGUGGUAUUGUUUAGUUGAGGCUGUUAAGGUGGUCUCAAUCUUCUUCAAACUUUGUCCAAGACGUUCAAGAAGCAGGAUCUUCUCGCGUCAACGUUCACGAGCGAACACACCGACUGUGAAACAGAAGACACCUUUGGAGUCCCUGAAACGUUAUUUAUGAAACAAGCACAAGAGUAUUUAUGAUGAGGAGGAAACGGACUCUCUGUGAUGGUGUGCUGAACAUGUUUUGUAUCUAUUUCCUCUGAAACAGUUGUUGAAACUGAGGGCUGGAACUCAUCUGUCGCUUUUUAGCUGUUCUGCACAACCAGCUGUCGCCAGGUAGAAUUAGUCUUCUCGAAGAUUGAGAAACUUGAAGUGAAGAAUAAAAUGUUUAAAUAUGCAGCAACACAAA